AAGAACAAAAAAAAAUACGUAAACAAACAAUUGAAGAUAUCAAAGAACAAAUCAAACCAAUAAAUGAAAUUGUUAUAGAUGCUUUUGUUAAUUCGGGAACAGCACCACAUAUUAUCAAAGAACUUUACAACACGAUUCGUGAUAGUCAAAAGAAAUCGUUCAAAAGAUGUUUUACUCCUUGCAACAUCUAUAUUUAUGGUGACUCGAGAACUGGAAAGGAUUACUUGACACAAAUACUUUUCUCUGACGCGUAUCAUAAGUCGCAAAAUGACGGAAUAUGGUUUCAAGGAUAUGAUAAAAAUAAAGUUUUCAUGUUUGAUGAUUUUUAUAAUCAUAACAUGGAAUUUUCUACUCUAUUGACAUUAAUCGAUAACAAACCACACACUGUACAGAAAAAAGGCGGGCAUCUGAACUUUUAUACUCUGUAUUUUGGGAAUGAGACUGUUAAAAUAGAAAACAAAAGAAAAUAUUCUUCAAUUUAUAAUCGAUUUGACUAUAUUAUUGAAUACAAAAAGUUUAGAAAUGAUGAUACACUCCCUUGCACUUUUGAGUAUCUAUGUUGUUCGGUAAAAAGAAUUUUUCAUAAGGGCUCAUAUGAAAAUUUUGUCAAUCUUCGAUUUGAUAUUGAGUUUAACUCUGGUUUAACGCUCAAAGAAAUUGCUUAUAUAGUUGAAAGUAAUCCAUUUGAAGAAAAAAAUGGAAUCAAGUAUUAUAAUCAUAAUUUUAAUUCACAAACUGAGAAAUAUGAAUUAACAAACUAUAGAGUAGAAAAUAAUUUAGACGUAGAUACAAUCGUGUAUCCGGAAGUUAAAAAAAAAUUAGAAAAUAGAUUAU